GAAGCCAACCACUAUGGGGAGUUAAGGGCAACACGGCGGGUUAUAUUCGUCAAUAUUUCACAGAAAGAAAACCGUACUUAUGCCGCGUUUUGGACCACAUAGUUUACGCCAGUAUCCCCAAUGCAGUGGAUUACGGGGAACGGGCUUUCAGAGACGGGAGAUUUCUUUGUCGGCAAAAUCUUUGCUGGAGGGGAACAUCUGACCUCUGCUUCCAGCCAUCAGAGACAUGAGUGUCGUCAGAGAAUUACAUGGGACUGGGUACCGGGGUGGGGUUGUAGUCUCAAUAGGUGGCCCCACCCACUUUACAGAGGAUGCUCCGCGCCCCCCAGUCCCUGGUGAGGAGGGAUCUGAUGUGGACCCUCCAGUCCAGUCAAUCAACACCCGUCCAACACCCCUUUCCCAGCCUCUCUACUUUCCCCCAUCUUCCUCAUCUAAAAUGGCUGAUAUGUCAAGCUACACCUCUUCCUCGUCGUCUGCAACCCCACGGCGCCCUGACCUAGACCUGGGGUAUGAGCCUGAAGGUUCAGCCUCACCAACACCACCUUACCUGAAGUGGGCUGAGUCGCUUCAUUCUCUACUAGAUGACCAGGAAGGAAUCCAGCUGUUCCGUAAUUUCCUGUGUCAGGAAGGGUGUGCGGACCUGCUUGACUUCUGGUUUGCCUGCUCAGGGUUCCGUAAGACCAGCCAAGAGAAAAGGGUUAAGCUGGCCAAAGCCAUUUACAGGAAAUACAUUGUAGAUGGUAGUGGGAUUGUGUCCAGGCAAAUCAAACCAGCCACCAAGAGCUUCAUCAGAGACUGUGUGGUGAGGCCACAUCCUGACCCUGCUAUGUUCGAACAGGCCCAGACAGAGAUCCAGACCACUAUGGAAGAAAACACCUACCCCUUGUUUCUUAAGUCAGAUCUGUAUCUUGAGUACACCCGGACAGGAGGGGAGAGCCCCAAGCCUAACCCCAGCGAUCAGAGCCCUUCUUCAGGCACAGACAAGCCUGUGUCUGGGUACCUACCCACCCUUACUGAGGAUAAAGAGUGGGGGUGUGGUGGGGGAGGAAGAAGGGAAGUGCAGGAAGAGGGAGAUGAAGAGGAGUUUGGAGACACGCCAGCCAGCAGGCUGACUCAGAGACUGUUGAUGGAGACGGCACCACAGAGAGCCUCAGUCAGCAGGAGGAGGCAGGAUACCAGGGAGUACAGGCCAUGGAGAGAGCCAGUAAAUCCGUACUAUGUGAACAUGGGUUAUGCUCGAGCUCCAGCAACCAGUGCGAAUGACAGUGAGCAACAGAGUAUGUCAAGUGAUGCAGACACACUUUCGUUAACCGACAGCAGUGUAGAUGGUAUUCCUCCGUAUAGAUAUCGGAAGCAGCAUCGCAGAGAGAUGCAUGAAAGUGCCAAAGCCAAUGGACGUGUGCCCCUACCUUAUAUACCUCGCACAUAUCGAAUGCCAAAGGACAUCCAUGUGGAGCCUGAGAGGUUUGCAGCUGAGCUCAUCAGCAGACUGGAGACGGUUGUAAGAGAGAGGGAGGCUCAAGAGAGACUGGAGGAGAGAUUGAAGAGAGUGCGACUGGAGGAAGAGGGUGAGGAUGCUGAUGUCUCCAUGACAACCUCACUGUCAUCCCACAGCAUACCAGUCCCCCUCCCCUCAUCCUUUCCACCUCUUUAUGGAGCCCGUUACUCAGAAACUACAGCUAAUUCAGCGACAGUGGCAACCUAUGGUGGCCUGGUUGCUAUGGAGGAUUCCCAUGAUGAUGACCCAGAGUCCAUCUUGGAUGAUCAUGUGCAGCGUGUAAUGAAAACACCAGGCUGCCAGUCACCAGGGGCUACCAAUACCAGCCUGGGAGGAGGGGACCGACACACUCCCCCCAAAUCAUCGCGUUCACCUGAUGGAGGGAUUGCACCACCUCACUACCCACCCUCUCACUACACUUCUCACCGAGGCGGAGGACAGGGUCUCCCUGCCACUGGGGUCAAAGGUGUGCAUCACCACAAACAGCUGUAUCAUCAUAGAAGCAGAGAAGGGCAGGAGGAAAUGGGCUCAAGGCCCCAAGCCAACUUCCUCUGGAAUGGAGAUCACCUAGCCAAUCAAUAUGCUGGGAGAGGCCGUAACUAUGCUGAUGGUGCUGGAGCAAGCACACUUGAAGGCGUGGGCUACAGUAGUAAAGGUAGCACACUAUCACGGCGGGGCUGUAAGAAAACCGAGACAUCAGGCAAAGGUGAUGAAAAUGGACGGGGUCUGGAGACCCAGGUGCCACUAGAGGAUUUAGAAAGAAACCAGAAGAUCCUGCAGUGGAUGAUGGAAGGAGAGGCUCUCAGGCACAAGAAAAACACACACAGCGGCAGUACCAGUGGCUCAAGGAGGACAGGAGGCAGCAAUGAGUCUCCACGCCCAACCUCGGUAGAGCGUCCUGGUGCUGUGCACCCCUGGGUUUCCGCCCAGCUACGGAACAACCCCUCCUCCUCAGUUUCCUCUUCCAUCCCUUGUUCGUCAUCUGCCCAGGUGCAGCCCUCUCAUCCUUUCAUACAAGAUCCAGCCAUGCCCCCUAACCCAGCUCCUAAUCCCCUCACACAGCUGGAGGAGGCUAGGAGGAGACUGGAGGAAGAAAGGAGAAGGAAUGCUCUUCAGCAGGCAAAACAGAGGCAUAAGUCAGGUAAGCGCCAGGUGUGUGAGAAUCUCACAGUUGCAUACUACUUCUGUGGAGAGCCGAUCCCAUACCGAACAUCAGUUAAAGGCCGCGUUGUGACUCUGGGCCAGUUCAAGGAGCUGCUUACCAAAAAGGGCCACUAUAGGUUUUAUUUCAAGAAGGUGAGUGAUGAGUUUGAUUGUGGAGUGGUGUUUGAGGAGGUCCGCGAGGAUGAUGCCAUCCUGCCCAUUUUUGAGGAGAAGAUCAUUGGGAAAGUCGAGAAGGUUGACUGAAAACAGGAAGAUCAAACAGAAAUUGGAAAAAGAGGAUAUAUUUGGUGCAAAGACAAAAUGGAAAUAGAAGGAAAUAAAUAUUCAGCAAAUUAAUGAAACGACUGAAUAAAAGUAAAAGCUGGAAGGACAAAUGUGACAGAAGAGAUUAAAGAUCAUAAGAAGCAAGGCAUAAAAUAUUAAGGAGGUUGUAUUUAAGGAAUGCCUGGUUCAAACCUUCAUAAAGAGUUAGAGGCCUGGUGGAUGGAACAGGAGUGGAAGAAUGGAAUACAAAUUAUUUUGCUUGUCGUUCGUCUUGACUGUGGAUAUUCAAGGACUGUUAAGUAAGCUUCUAGCCAGCCUUCCACCUCUACUACUUCAGGUGGAUUGGGUGAGGGAGGGCUGGAAGGAGAGGGGUUAAAUAGUCUUCCACUUCCACUGCUCAGGAGGAUUCCCUCCUUUGCAGACCAUUUACAAUGCUGCUAUA